GGUAAAUUCAAUUGAAUCUCUGUUUUCUUUGUUUGUUGUUUUCGCGUCGUGCUCCGAUGGUUUUAAAUGAAACAUCAAGCCCAUGGUUGGGCGCCCGUCGACCGGUACCUUGCCAGCAAACGCCCAGCGCCGAGUAUAUUUUGAGGGCCUUUUAAGUUCUUGUAGAUUCAAUCGUGGAAGCUUUCUCCACUUCCCCAAACUUUCCCCUGGCAUCCGGGACGGCAUCAAACGUUGCCAUCAUCACCAGGCAGAGGCGGGAAGACCAGCCAAACGGAGACAUAUCUCCACGCCAGCCUUUCCGUAUCAGCAGGUCGCGCCAGGCUUCAACAUGUAUGAAUGCGGGAAUUGCUAUCGCCGCUUCCCCAGCGGCUGGCGCGCCCGUAACCAGCACUGCGAGGUCACCGGCCACAGCAUUCCCGAUUUGAGUGCUUCACUUGCGACGAGUACUUCAACGACAACUGGGACCGCUCUGAGCACAUGUGGAACUACCGCCAUCUUCCCGACGAAUACUACGAAUGCGAGAAAUGCAUCGAGGUUUUUGAGACCCAGUCCGAGGCCACCAGACAUGAGGUUGAGCGCCAUCACUAUUGCAACGUCUGCGACCGCACCUUCGACAAUCUCAACACAUCCACCCAGCGACUCGCCUCUGAUCUCGGACUGCCAGCGCCUGGCGAACAAUCUUUCUGGGAAUGGCACCUUCAAGUACAGCAGCUUUGGCAGGCACAAGACGCUUGCUCAGUAUGGAUCUUACGCGUUUGGCGUUGAGGCGGAUGAGUACUGGAUUAAUAGCAUUACGCAUAUUGGUGAUCAGGAUAUUGUGGAGCCGGAAUACGGGAGUGGAUCUGACCUGCAUGGUCCCGCAUUUGUACACGAUGCCGAGUCCCAAGAAAGCGUGGCCACCGAUUUGCUCCCUGCAUGCUGGACGCCAUGUACCCCUCCCAAGGUCCUCAUAGUAGGCGCCGGCCCCUCAGGCCUCCUCCUCGCCCUCCUCCUAGCAAAGCACUCCAUCCCCGUCAAAGUCCUCGAGUCCGCCUCCCAGCUCGACCAGCAACCCCGUGCAGCCCAUUACGGCACCCCCGCCAUCCCCGAGUUCAUCCGCGCCGGCAUCAUCGACCAGCUCCGCGCCAACGGCCUCAUCCUCUCGACCAUGUGCUGGCGCGAUCCUGACAGCCACGAGAUCAUCGCCGGGUUUGACGCCUCCAAAGUCCUCAGUGAUGUCGACGGCCAAGACCUGAGAACACACUGCUAUGUCCUGCAGGAUUUGGACGAGCUGAUGCUGAAGGAGGUGAGGAAGUACGGUGGGGAGGUGGAGUUUGAUGCCGAGGUUGUCGGGGUUGGUCAGGAUGAGGAUGGCGAGGUUGGGGGAAGGGCGUGGGUGGAGGUGAAGAGGAAGGGGGGGGAGGUGGAGAGGGAGGAGGCGGAUUAUGUGGUUGGUUGUGAUGGGGCGAAUAGUAUUGUCAGGAGGAGCUUGUUCGGGGAUCAGUUUCCUGGGUUUACUUGGGACGCGCAGAUUAUCGCUACUAAUACGUUUUACGACUUUGAGGGAAAGUUUGGGUGGCAUGAUGCGAAUUUCAUCGUUCACCCGGAGAACUUCUUUAUGGCCGCCCGCAUCACAAAAGACAACAUGUACCGCAUCACCUACGGCGAAACACCCGGCCUGACCCGAGAAGAGUACAUCGCCCGUCAACCCAUGAAAUUCCAACAGAUGCUCCCCGGCCACCCCAAGCCAGACGAGUACAAGAUUGUCAAUAUUUCACCUUACAAAAUGCACCAACGAUGUGCCCCCAAAUUCCGCGUUGGUCGCAUCCUCCUAGCAGCAGACGCAGCCCAUCUGUGUAACCCAUGGGGAGGGCUGGGCAUAACAGGUGGCUUUGUCGAUGUUGGUGGCCUGUUUGACUGUCUUGUGGGGAUAUGGGAAAACAAGGCCGGUGAGGAUAUUCUGGAGCUGUACUCUGAGAAGAGGAUUGAGAAGUGGCAAACUGUUAUCAACCCCAUUUCACAAGAGAACUUCAGGCGAGUGUCUGAUAAGGAUCCGAGGACGAGAUUUGAGAGGGACGAGUUUAUGCAGCUGUUGAAGAAGGGGGAGACGGAUGAUGUUUUGUUGAAGGAUUUGCUUCUCGGAUUCAUGGAGGUCAGGUACGACUUUACGCAGCAUUAUAAGGUCAGGUGAUGCUUGCGGGUAGGACUGGGUCAUGAGCCACCCUGGAUGGGAGGAUGCAAAGGAGGCAGGACAAGGUAGCCUUGAAAGCUUCAGUGUGAUAAGGAACCUAUACGGACUGUAGCUUAGUACCACAUCUUGCCCCUGCGGAAAAGCAAGGUUCAUAAACACCUUGCAUGAGGUCUCCGGCCGUGGUGGAGAAGGGAAUUUGAACCGCUCCAAUGGAGCGUUGACCACGAAUACUACCCUAGUUGACAUCAACGCAUUGCAGAUCCACUGGUAGUGACUUGGGUGUCGAGGUGAUAUAGAGGCUCUGAUAACUCCCGCAAGGUGCCGGCGAGUAAAUCAAAG